AUGGCUGCACGUGGGUUCCCGGCCAAGGCGGCAAGCCUUGCGCCACCACCGUCGGCCACUGGAAUUUCGCCGGAAAUAAUUAGUCUCAGGAAGAAAAACGGUGUGGCUAAUGGAACCAAAUGGUGCUGGCACGUUGUGGCAGCCGUUGGUUUUAAGGGGAAAAGGCAUAAGAUUCCACAUGAUAUGAAUCCUCAGAUUGCAGCUAUUAUUGUAUCUUGCUGGGCCAAGGUCAAGAGAGGUGGUGUCGAGAGGUGGCCGGAUGAAAUCUCCCCUUUUAACGAUGUUAGCUCGAAGGGCUAUGCAUCCUUAGAUUCUGUUAGCUCGAGAAAGCAUUUUGCUCCCUCUAUCGCCAGCAAUGUUGCCAACUGGCCACUGUCCUCAUCAUCCGCCACGUCAUCCACCCUUGUUUUGUUGGUUCUGACCUGGCCCUCGAUUCCCGUCCACCGCCACCUGAAGCAGCAAGUCAAACACCUUUUGGAAGCUAUUGUUCCUGCGUACACCUCACAAACUUUGUCUUCUCCUUCAUAA